CAUCACCGGCCUCUGACGCACGAGCAGGAAGCGGACCAGAACGUGCAGUUCAUGUUGAGUUUGUACCGGAGCGCGGCUGGACCGGACGGCAGGCCUAAACAGCACCGGAAGUUCGGCUCCAACACGGUCCGACUGCUGAGACCCACGGCGUCUACGGUGCACUACUUGCCAGCGUCGAGAGACUCCCACUACACCUUCACAGUACAGUACAACCUUGACACUCUUCCCUCGGAGCAGCUCAUCAAAGCCUCUUUCAUCCAUCUCCGCUCUUCAUCCUCUCCUUCCUCUUCCUCAACCACAACUUCAAGCACCACUCAGGCCCUUGAGCCGCCCCGCUGCAGAGCUCAGAUCACCUCACUGGGACCGGAGAGCCUGGUCACUCUGGAGCCCCACGAGCGGUGGACGGAGACGGACAUCACGGCACACGUCACCGGGCACGUCCUACAGAGGAAGGACCGGGGCAAGGGGGGACACUUGAUCCUCACUGCCCAGUACCGGUGCACAGAACCUGGGCUUGCUGAAGAGGACGGCAGCCUCUGGUGGCAGACUCGUCGUAGAGGAAGACCGAGAGAGGAACCUCACCUCGAAGUCCCGUCCCUUCUUCUGUACCUGGAGGAGGAGAGGGAAGUGAAGGACUGGAUGGGGGAGUUGUUGGGGGGUGAAGGGGAGAACAUCAUAAGGCGAAUAGGGCAGUGGCACCCUUCGCUUCGCCGGCGCCGUCGCUCCAAAGACUCUUCAGAGGCGAAAGAUCCUUCACUGGACGCCCUGAAAAACGCACCUACUUCCUCCUCCUCUUUCUCCACCUCCCCCUCCGCCUCCAUCAUCUCCGAGAUCCCCAACUACAAACGCAAAACCAGCGUGCCCAAGAACCGCUGCAAGCUCCACUCCUUCCGCCUCUCCUUCGACGAGCUCGGCUGGGGUCACUUCAUCGCCCCGCCGGUGUACAACCCUCGCUUCUGUCAGGGCGACUGCCCGAGGUUGCUCCACUACGGCUACCACUCCCCCAACCACGCCAUCAUCCAGACCGUCAUCAACGACCUGGGCGUCGGGGACGUCCCUCCUCCGUCCUGCGUGCCUUACAAGUACAUGCCCAUGAGCGUGCUGGUUGUGCACAAGAAUAAGGUGGACUACAGGGAGCUGGAGGACAUGGUGGCCGAGUCGUGCACGUGUCGCUAA